AUGGGGGUCCCACACAUGGACAUGGGGGUCACGGUGAGGCUGGAGCUUCUCUGCAGGGACGGCAUCUCGGAGGCUGGAGCUGGCGCGGGAAGAGGCUGCCAGGAGAAGUCGGUGGUGACGCUCUACGUGCUGGUGGCGCUGAGCUUCAUCAUGUGGGUGGCCCUCUUCCUCCUCGCCGUGGUGAAAUACUCGGAGCUUUCCAGGGAGUUGAAGACGCUGAGCUCCAACUACUCCCAGAGCGUGCUGCAGGAGAUGGCCGAGACGCAACGGGGACAAGCCCGCAUGAGGACCAGGAUGGACACCUACUACCAGGAGCUCCAAGACAUCACAAGAGGGAUUUCGCCCGCAGCGCUGAUCUGCAAGGCCCUCCCGGACAGCCGGAGGUGCUCGGCCGGCUGGAAGGUCUUCGAGGAGAGCUGCUACUCCUUCUCCACGGAGAGCACGAGCUGGGAGGAGGCCGAGCAGAUCUGCACGGACCAGGGCGCCCACCUGGUCAUCGUGAACACGGACCAGGAGCAGAAGUUCCUAAAAGACAAUAUUAACAACAGCAGCUCCUACUGGCUGGGGCUGAGCGACCGGCAGGAGGAAGGGACCUGGCUCUGGGUUGACGGGCAGCGCCUGAGCAUUAG